CGGGGAUUGAAAGGGGUCAUUAGUAAUGAUGUGUUCCCCCUCGCAUUGCGCUAUAAACCAGCGACGUCGACUGAACUGACUCCCCCGUAUUGCCUUGUUGCGGAAUACUUGGCAGCACUCCGAGCGAAGCCUCUCACACAGAAAUCCCAGCACUUGACUAGUCACUCCUGAAGCCAUGGCGCAGUUCAUUACGCCCGGCCUCAAGCAGUCGAUCGAAAACUCCAAAUGCGAGUACCGUCGGCUGGGAAACAGCGGCCUCCGCAUUUCGGUGCCCAUCUUUGGGUGCAUGAGCUUCGGCGACCCCAGGACGCUUGACUGGGCCAUUGGCGAGGAGGAAGCGCUCCCGCUGCUGAAGGCCGCCUAUGACAGAGGUCUCAACACAUGGGACACGGCCAACGCGUAUUCGAACGGCGCGUCCGAGAUCAUCGUCGGCAAGGCGCUCAAGAAAUACAACAUCCCCCGGGAGAAGGUUGUGAUCAUGACCAAGUGUUACUUCGCUGUCGGGGAGGAGCCCGAGCUGCGCGGUUUUUUUGUCCGUGACCAGCUCGCCCAGUCCAAGGACUACAUCAACCAGUUCGGCCUGUCACGGGCCGCCAUCUUCAACCAGGUCGAGGCGUCUCUCAAGAGGCUCGACACGCCCUACAUCGACCUCCUGCAGAUCCAUCGCUUCGACCGGAACACGCCCAUCGAGGAGACCAUGAAGGCGCUGCACGAUCUCGUCCAGUCGGGCAAGGUGCGCUACAUCGGCGCCAGCAGCAUGUGGGCGACCGAGUUCGCGCGCAUGCAGUUCUGCGCCGAGCGCAACGGCUGGACCAAGUUCAUCAGCAUGCAGAACCACUACAACCUCCUCUACCGCGAGGAGGAGCGCGAGAUGAACCGCUUCUGCAACGACACCGGCGUGGGGCUGAUCCCGUGGGCGCCGCUCUGCAGGGGACACCUGGCUCGCCGGCCGGAGCAGUUCGGCACGACACCUCGCAGUCAGGGAGAGAAGCAGAACCAGCCUGGCUCGCACGGCACGGUCGAGCCAGACCUGACCAUCAUCAAGCGGGUCGUGGAGCUCGCGGACAAGCAUGAGUGGCCGAUUUCCCAUGUUGCUCUGGCUUGGAUCAAUAAGCGGGUCACAAGUCCCAUCAUUGGCUUCAGCAGCGUUCAGAGGUUGGAAGAAGCGAUUGCGGCGAGGGGGAAGGUACUGACCGAAGAAGAAGAGAAGUACCUCGAGGAGCUCUAUCAACCUAAGCCGAUCCAAGGACAUUCGUAGGUGCGGUUGGUGUGACGAGUUAGGCUGGGACAUUGCUGAAUGGAGACUCCUCGUUCUGACU